CUCUCUCCGGUCCGGCGUAAUAAAUGAACGCAGCUGAGCAGAACGGUCAUUUCAUUUCCGGCGGGAAACACCGAUCCAUAUGGAGCUGCUCAAGCUCUCCAAGUUCAAGCUCCAGCUUCGAGCGCUCGUCUCCGAAGCUCGCGAUCUCCGGGAGAGAGAGCGGUCGGCAAACGAGCAGCUCUACAUCCUGUCUCAGCAGAAGCAAAAGCAAACCGAGGAGGAGUACGGCAGGAGGGUCCAGGAAUUGCAGGCGGAGUUGGCGUCUUCCGAUGAGAUUCGGCGGAAGCUCGAGAGGCAGAUUGGUCAUCUUCAGGAUGAGAAUGUGUUGCUCGAGAACAAGCAGAAGGAGCUGAACGCGACCAUACAGGGUUUAGUGCAGUCACGGGAUGAUUUUAUCUAUGCUUAUGAGGAAUCGACUUGCGAAAUGAGGCGUGCCAUUGAGACUAGGGAUAGGAAGCUUGCAAUGCUAUCGGAAAAAAUAAAUUCUCAUCUUCUUCUAUUCGAUUCAAUAGAAAAGGAGGCGCUUUCGGUCAAGCAAGUCGUGGAUAAUGUGAAGCACGUUGUGAGUGAGAAAGAGGAGUUAGCAUCCAGCUUAAGAAGCAAAAUGGACAAGGUCUCUGCAUUCGAAGAAGUCUUUAUAGAAAAGAUUCGCGAUUUGGAAAACAAGAUGAGAAGAGAUGACGGAGAGUUACAGAGGAAGGAUAGGAUCAUUUCGGAACUUGAAGCACAGCUUGAGGCAUCAAAAAUUGGCAAUAAGUACCAGAGUCGUGUUGAAGAGCUCCAGCGAACUCUAUCAGCAAAGGAUGAGGCUGUACAGAAUUUACUUUCUGAAAAAAAGGGCCUGCUUUUUGAACUAGGAAGUCUGGCUAGUGUACUACAGAAGGUUCAUGAUACAUUCACAAAUAUGAAUGAGAAGGAAAAAAGAAAAUUCGCCUCGGCUCUGGGAAAUCAGCAAGGAUUUUAUCUGGUUGCUGAUGAAAGAAACGGAGAUCCUUGCGAGGAGAAUGACCUUCUUAUCACGGGCGAAGGAUCUCCAAAUGGAAAUUGCAGGAGAGAUGCUGCAACCAAUUCAGAAUCAUCGAUAUCGCAGAAGCAGAAACCAAUAGGCGACAACUUUCAGGAAAACAUGUCCGCAACCUGUGCUUCUGAGUUUGCCCGGUCGCCUUCACAAUCUGCUGCUUGUUUUGAACCUCUGGGGGCAGGUCAUGCUCAAAGUGUGUCUAUUCAUGAUGGGAAGGAAAGUGGCAACUCUCUACAACAUUUGGAAUCUGAAUGCUCGACGGCACGAGUAGAAAAUGCUGAAGGCUAAGGUCCUUAUUCCACCUUUUUAUUGUUUAUUAAUUCUGAUCAUGCGAAAAGUCGUAAAAGGCCGUUUUCGGACCGAAGUUUAUGGAACUUCUCUGAAAUGUUCAUUGAGAACACGAACAUGAACUGCAAUGGUUCUACAAUCUACCCGGGGAAAAUGGAUCUUCCAGUUUGUAUCGUUAGCUUGCGUAAAGGGCUUACGGGUAAUGAGCGUGAGGCCCAAUAAAGCGACCCGCUCUGCAAUGGUGUUAGGAUGAAUUACCAAGCCCAUAGGUUUGGGGUAGUAUUUGUGCUAGAACAACAGUCGAUGAUACCGUCUCCUAUUGACCCUCUACUGGUCAUGUAAACUCGGAGUAUUAUCGCCGAAUUACUCGAGCCAAGCCAAGUAUAUUAUGUCAGUGACAUAGACUGUAAAAAUGAUAGGAGCCGGUAUUGGAACUCAAUAUAAUUGUUCUUGUUGGUUCCUUGUGUCACUUCACAUGUAUAUAUCGAAUGGAAUAGCUUUUCUUUCGUGCAUAUGAUGAUGAUAUGCUUAA